UUGACAUGGCGGAGGUGCUCAGUCCGCGUCGCGCCGCGCCAGCAAACAGGCGAGCAGGCCAACUCCGAGCCUGGGAAUAACACCUCCGCUACGACAAGAAGGAAGAACAAAGUCGUCCGUCUCAACAUUCGCAGCGAGAUCGGGCAGUUGAGUGAAAUUCUCCAUGAAUGUACGUCACAAUGAUGAUGACAGACCAGAUUCCACUGGACUUGGCUCCGCCCCCUCUCCUGAACGGGGAGGUCCCGCUCAUGCCUCACAUGGUUAACGGCGAUGCAGCCCAGCAGGUGAUCCUGGUACAGGUGAACCCGGGGGAGACGUUCACCAUCCGAGCGGAGGACGGAUCUCUGCAAUGCAUUCAGGGUCCAGCUGAGGUCCCCAUGAUGUCCCCCAAUGGCUCCAUCCCCCCCAUCCACGUGCCCCCAGGAUACAUUUCUCAGGUGCUGGAAGAUUCCACGGGGGUCCGUCGGGUGGUGGUGACCCCCCAGUCUCCCGAGUGUUACCCCCCCUCCUACUCCCCCGCGUUGUCGCCCACGCACCACCUGCCGCCCUACCUGGCCCACCCCCACUUCAUCCCCAACUCCCACUCCUUCUACCCGCCCGUCAGCCCGGGCGAGCUGACCCACCAGUACUACCAGCACCACCUGCACCCCAUGUACGGCGACCCCGAGAUCAUCCCCGUCUACGGCAUGUCCAACUUCAUCCGCGAGGAGACUUACAGCAAACCUCAGCCCAAAAAGAUGAAAGAGCAAAGACAACUGGAGCGACAGAACAGACUCAACUCGCCUCCGUCCUCCGUCUACAAAAGCAGUCCGGGACCCGCCCACAACGGCUACAGUAAAUCACACGUCCCGUCGCUGGGGUCGCUGGGGUCAGGGGGCGGAGUCAACAGUCCGAGUGGGAAGAAACCGGAGCGGCGACUCCGGAGCAGUCCCCGCAACGUUGAAGUGGAUGUGCAGACGCCAGAUCAGGACUCGGAGGGGAAACGUGUUCAAGACAUGUUGUCGACCAUCUCAAAACCACAGGUGUCCAACUUGCAGGCCCGGUCGGCGCGCUUGUCUUGGUCGCCGCCCGAAGGCCUGGCGAGCCGACACGGCAACGGCGUGCAGGCGUCGUGCUCCUACGAGGUCUUUCUCUCGGACAAAGGGCGCGAGGGGAAGUACCGCCUUAUUUACAGUGGCGAAGACGUGGAGUUCCACGUGAAAGAUCUACGAGCCGCCACGGACUAUCACGUACGCGUGUGUGCACUCUUCAACUCGGCGCGCGGCGCGUGCAGCGAGGCCACCUCCUUCACGACACACUGCGGCGUUCCCGACGUCCCGCUGGCGCCCAAACUGUCCCACCGCACUAAAAGCACACUCACUUUACAGUGGAAGCCACCAGGCGACAACGGAUCCAAAAUCACAAACUACCUGCUGGAGUGGGAUGAGGGCAAGAAGAAGAGUGUUUUUGGGGAAUGUUACUUUGGCAGCCAGCGACACUGCAAACUCACACGACUUUUCCCCGCCUGUGGUUACAACUUCAGGCUGGCGGCGCACAACGACAUCGGCACAAGCGGCUUCAGCCCGGAGGUGGUCUGCUACACCAUGGGCACCUUGCCCGCCCUGCCUCUGGCACCACGUCUGGUGCGGGCGGGGGUGUCCUGGGUGGCCCUGGAGUGGGGGCGACCCGAGGGCAGCCCCAAUGAUGAGCAGCUGAAGUACACGCUGGAGAUGCGGGAGGACGACAGCGGGGCGGACUUCCACCCCAAGUACACUGGAGAAAAGACCAGCUGUACUGUAGAAGGCCUGAAGAGGAGCACGCAGUAUAAAUUCAGGCUCAUCACAUCCAACAUGGAAGGCAGGAGCAGUCCCAGCGAGGUCCUGGUGUGCACCACCAACCCGGACAAGCCAGGACCGCCCUCUGCGCCGUGCGUGGUGGCGUCCACGCCCUGCACCCUCACCGUCACCUGGGAACCGCCUCGGGACGACGGAGGCUCGGACGCGCUCACCUAUCUGCUGGAGAUCUGCGAGGGCUGUUCACAAGCGAGCCAAUGGGAAGUGGCGUACAGCGGGCCAUGGACAGAGUGCGUGUGCGAGCGUCUGUCGGCGGGCAGCGUGUACAAGCUGCGGGUGUGCAGCAUCACCACGGGGGGCCACAGUCAGUGCGCCACCAGCGUCCCAGUCCGCACUUUAAGCGUGCCGCCGGGGCCCUGCCAGCCGCCGAGGAUUGUGGGUAAAGCCAAACACAAGGAGGUGCAGUUGGAAUGGGACGCUCCUGCCUCCGAGCCCUUGUGCAAGGCCUUGAUGUUCAACCUGGAGAUGAGCGAGGGCGACGCCAAACCAGCCCAAGUGUUCCAGGGAUCGGAGCUGCAAUGCACUGUGGGUAGUCUGCUCCCCGGGGCCACUUACACUUUCAGACUGAGGGCCGCCAACGAUGCUGGGUUUGGCGAAUACUCUGAGCCGACGGAGGUGACGACUGCAGCAGGUCCUCCUGGCCAGUGUGGGGCGCCACUCAUAUCUCUCAGCAGUAACACCUGCAUCUCGCUUACCUGGGAGAGUCCAGAAGGAUCCGGUAGCGACAUCUCGGAGUACCGCCUGGAGUGGGGUCGGGAAGACGAGCCCCUGGAGCUCAUCUACUGCGGCGCGGCCACCCAGUGUGAAGUGUGGGAUCUGAUGCCCGCCACACGCUACUGCUGCCGGCUACAGGCUGUCAAUCAAGCGGGGGCGGGGCCUCACAGCGAGCAGGUGGGUUUCCAGACGCCGGCGACCGUCCCCGACCCGGUCUCCUCCCUCAGCCUCCUGGACCUCCCGGCCUCCUCCGAGUCGGGCCAGUCGCGGUCCACCUCCUUCCUCCUCAAGUGGGAGGAGCCAAUCAGCAACGGGGCGGAGAUCUCCUCUUACAUCAUCUCGGUGGACGAGAGGACCAUCACGGUGGAGGCCGCCACAAGUCACCUCAUCAGCGGUCUGCAGCCGGACAGCCAGUACAGCGUACAGAUCAAGGCGGUGAACGCCAUCGGCUGCGGCCCUCCCAGUCCGCCCCUUGUGGUGAGGACACACCCCCUUCCGCCCGCCCCGCCCCCUCUGGAGUGCUCCGCCGGGCCGCAGAGCCUGAAGCUGAAGUGGGGCGAGAACGCCAGCAACACCCGCGCCCUGCUGGCCGACGACAUGUACUACACGCUGCAGAUGGAGGACAAAAACCACAGGUCCAGCUGA